AUGCAUAUAUAUAUGUAUGUGUAUGGAGAGAUUGGGAAAAGGCAAAGUGACAGAUCUAUAGUUGUCACUGUACAACUGUGUGACAACAUGAGUAUCACAGCAGAUCAAUCCUUACAGAGAAGUAUUCAAUCGUUAGAAGAAUCAAUUAAGAUAUUAAAAGAUAUCUCUGAUACACUGAAAACAAACAAUGUGAAGACACGAUAUUUAUCUAACACAAUGUUACAAUGUAAUAGAAACCAUUAUUUGGCCACUGAAUUUGAUAUGGAGAGAGCAACAAAGGAUUUGAAUGAGGAGAUUGACCCUAUUAUGAACUCGCUACAAGACCAUUUAAGCAAACAGUUGGACAGACUGAAAAGAGAGAUAAAUCAAUUACAAGAGAAAUAUAGUAAGAAUCAAGAGUUAUUAGAUUUAGAGAAUGCAGACGCAAAGAGCAGUCAGAAUGUUGGUUUGAAUAAAAGAAUGAAUACACCAGAUGUGAUGAUGGGACCAUUAUCAGAUGAACAAUUCAAUGAAUUGAAAAUGUUAACAGCACAGAUUCAAUCAAAAAAAUUAGAGUUAAAUAAUUUAUAA